AUGGAUUCCACCAAAAAUCCUGAUAAUGCCCACAGCACAGAGCCAGGGGAACCAUCCAGACUGAGUUUCAAUCUCCUCAGCGAGACCAUCAAUGCCACCAAAACUGGCCGGUCGACUAUCUUCAAAUCAGCGAAGAAACAUCUGAAGCAAUUCAUUUCCAAGUACGAAGCACUGGAUACAGAAAUGCCAGGAAUUCGGAAGUUUCAGGACACGCCUGCUUCACAGCCUCUGACUAUCUGUGUUGAAUGUCCGCCUGAUCUCGACCUCACGCACCAGGACAUCAUGACGGCAACUGAGAGCAUUCUCCCCAACGCCUUCGAGUUGGGGAAGAUCACCAGCAUCCAGUUCGAAAACGUCAACGUCAUCUGUGGCUCUUCAGGGCUGAAGAACAGGUGGCUAAUAAACAUCUCGGAUUUCCAAACCAGAAGUUUGUUCCUCAAUACUGGACUAAUCAUCAAGGAUAUGUACAUGGCAGUGCAACGCUACGAUGACCUCUUGAUGGAGGAUUACAAACUUCACCUACGCAGGGCAAUGGCUCAGAAGAAGAUCCUGGAGACGCUCAAUGAGACGGCCAGUCUGGGCGUGAAAUCCAGGUAG